AUUUACAUAUUACGUAUUCAGUCAUGUCUUCUUUUGUACAUUGUAUAUACGUUAAGCAAUUAUACAAAUCCUUCAAAUAUUUCUUGAUUAUAACAUGCAGCAAUAUAUUUAGAUAUUGAGUAACUGAUGUUUACUGUAGUUACAGUUAUAAUUAUUUAAGUUAACCUGAAAAUUGUUUUGUGUUGCAUAAUGUGGCCUCAAGAAUACAUAGAGCUAAAGCACAUAGAAAAUUUGUUAGUUUGUGGAAUAUGCUAUGAAUUCAUGGAUACCUCUGUUAUGACAUCAUGCUCUCAUAAUUAUUGUUCAUUAUGUAUUAGGAAAUAUUUACAUUAUAAGACACAAUGUCCUGCAUGCUUUGCAGAAACGUUUGAGAAGGAUUUAAAAAAGAAUAAAGUUCUAGAUGAAAUUAUAACACACUUUUCGCAAAUCAAAGACAAAUUGAAAAGAUUUUUACAAAUUCAGAUGCAGUUUGCAAAGUUCAAUGAAAUUGAUAAUGCUUCUAGUGAUUCAAAAUCAUUGCAUCAAAGUAAAGAUGUAGAUGCAAACGAACAAGAAAGUAAAGUUAUUUACAAAAAUAUUAUUAGCAAUAUUUCUAUUUCUCAAAAUAUUACAUCACCAUCUACACAUGUUCAAAAAGAUUUAUCUAGCCCUAGUACAAGUGGAGUACUUACAAUACCUUUAAUGUUUACACCCAAAAGCAGUAAACGUCCAAUUGCAAAUAAAACAGAAGAGACUAAAAUUGUUAUAUGCCCAGUAUGCAAAGUUAGUAUUUCAGAAUUAAAAAUAAAUAGACAUCUUGAUGAUUGUCUGAAAAGGGAAUCUACAAAUGAGAAACCUCAAAUAACAGAAUCAAAACGUAAACCAUUGUCAAAGUUAGUAUUUAGUUUAAUGAAAGAUGUCGUAUUAAAGAAGAAAGCAAAAGAAUUUGGCUUGUCGUCGCAAGGAGAUCGAAAAAUUUUAGAGGCUCGAUUACAAAGAUACAUUGUACUUUAUAAUGCAGAGUGUGAUAAACCAAAUCCAAGACCUGUUUCAGAAUUAAUAAAGCAGUGUGAGGACGAAGAGAAUACAGAAAGAAAAGCAAAUAAAAUUUCUUUUCUAAAUAAAUUACAAGUUACUAGAAAUACAGAAGAAAAUGUUAUAGAAAAUGAACGAAAGAAAUAUCUGGAAACACAUAAAAAUAGCUUUGAAAGUUUAAUCAAACAAAUUAAAAGUAUAGACUCUUCAAAAAAACCACAUGCACGGCAUAGUUUAUUUACGGAAAGUACGGAGAGUAAUGAAGAUAUUCCACAUAAGCGUCAAACGAUGACUGAAAAUUUGAAUGAUUCAAUGAUCUAUACCAAAGAAACAGAUAUUCAGUUGUCAAAUUCUGACAUAUAUAUUCCGGAUUCUGAUUCAGAUACUUCUUGCCCAUUGCAAAUGUAUUCUAGUAGUGAUCCGAAAAAAUUUCUCAAUGUAGAAUUAUCUUCUGCUAAUAAUAAUGUUUUACGGAAUAAAUCAGAGAAUGAUCAAACAAAUAUUGCUGAGGAAGCAUCUGUGUUUUCUAAUUAUUCGUCCAUAAAAACGAAUGAGGUAGAAAAAAGUGAUAGUUCAGAUGCACGUAGCGAUACAUCUAUUUAUGAUAAAGCAACACAAUCAGUUUUGGAGAACUCAAUUUAUGAGGAUACAUUAAAAAAUAAUUCUAAAAAUUCAUCUGAUAGUUCCAAAUAUAAGAAACUGUUACAAAGAAAAAAGAAAUCAUCUUUAAAAGAUAAAAUAAAACGCAUGGACGUUGUUACUACAAGCAUGAAAGAUCUUGAUUCUGAUGGUAUUUUAAAUCAAGAGGAAGAAGAUGAGAGAUCAAACUCUCCCUUGCAGGACAUUGUAUAUGAUUUAUUAGGCAAUAGUGACAGUAAAUUUGAUCAUGGAAAAUUACGUUCCACUAGCUAUGAAUUUUUAAAUACUAGUGAAAUUAAUUUUUCAAAUUUGGAAAAAGAAAACAUAAGUUCUCCCGAGUGCAGUAGCAAUCGUUCUUUGCGAAAGAGAACUCGUGAUUCGACACAAACUGACAAUAGACUCGUGUCAAAUAGAAUGAAAAAAAUUAAAAAAUCGUCUCAGUACUCUACGAUUGAAAAUAAAGAGUUAAAUGACGAAGAAUCUUUAUGUAUUUUGAAUGACGAAAAAAUUGAAUGUUUAACAAAUAAACCGCAAUUGAGAAAACGACUGUCAAAUGUUACAAAAAAUACUGACGUUUUAAGAAAAUCUGCUAGAACAAAGCUUAAAAAUAAUAAUUCAUAAAAAUAAAAUUAAUUUUUUUAAUAAAUUGUUUAUAGAUUGCUCUCAUUAUCAUAUAUUUUGCAAAUUUAUAUAUUCGUAUUAUCUUCGACUAAGUUAAAAGAUAUACAUAUAUGUAAAUAGUUUUAUUAUUUGUGUGAAAAGUGAUUUGAAAAUCCGAAUAUAUAUAUAUAAUAUAAUUAUUUUUUUUUGCAUUAAUCUAUUUUAUACUUGACUUUAUUACACAUUAAAUAUUUAAUUACAAGUAUAUGUUAU